AUGAGCGAACUUGACCAACUUCGACAGGAGGCUGAACAGCUGAAGUCGCAGAUUCGAGAAGCCCGGAAAUCAGCAAAUGACACAACACUGGCUACCGUGGCUUCAAAUCUGGAGCCGAUUGGACGCAUACAGAUGAGGACGAGACGUACACUUAGGGGACAUUUAGCCAAGAUUUAUGCCAUGCAUUGGGCUUCAGAUAGUCGCAAUUUGGUUUCUGCUUCACAAGAUGGAAAGCUUAUUGUGUGGGACUCGUACACCACCAACAAAGUCCAUGCCAUUCCCCUCCGAUCAUCCUGGGUGAUGACUUGUGCAUAUGCGCCGUCAGGAUCGUUUGUCGCUUGCGGAGGUCUCGAUAAUAUUUGCUCAAUUUACUCCCUGAAGACGCGUGAAGGAAACGUGCGGGUAUCUCGCGAACUUCCAGGACAUACUGGAUACCUAUCCUGCUGUCGGUUCCUCGAUGAUAACCAGAUUGUUACUUCUUCCGGAGAUAUGACAUGCGCUCUUUGGGACAUUGAGACCGGACAGCAAUGCACCGCCUUCACUGGACACACCGGAGACGUGAUGUCCCUUUCCCUCUCUCCAGACUUCCGCACUUUCAUCUCAGGAGCUUGCGAUGCAUCAGCCAAGCUGUGGGAUAUCAGAGACGGAAUGUGCAAGCAGACCUUCCCAGGACACGAAUCCGACAUCAACGCCGUUGCUUUCUUCCCAUCUGGAAACGCGUUCGCCACCGGAUCUGAUGACGCCACAUGCCGGUUGUUUGAUAUCCGCGCUGAUCAGGAACUUGCCAUGUACUCUCACGAUAACAUCAUUUGCGGAAUUACCAGUGUUGCAUUCUCAAAAUCGGGUCGCUUGUUGUUCGCCGGAUAUGACGACUUCAACUGCAAUGUAUGGGAUUCGAUGCGACAGGAGAGAGCUGGAGUGCUCGCUGGACAUGAUAACCGAGUUUCGUGUCUAGGAGUGACUGAGGAUGGCAUGGCUGUGUGCACGGGAUCGUGGGAUUCGUUCCUCAAGAUCUGGAACUAG